AUAAAAAAGAAGUGAAAUUUGAUUAGACCAAUGAAAGGUUUGUUGUAACGUCUCCGCAACAUUAACGCCACUCCCUAUUUAAUCUCACAAAAAUAUUUUGGUCUAUAGUCUUCAUUCUGUGUGCCGCUGUGAGCAGUCCCAACUUCCUAAAAUUCAAUACCAGGUGCCCCUUCCAAUAUUUCCUUAUACUGAAUUCAACUCCUCCAAUGGAGUCCUUCCAAAUCACCAUAUACUGUGUUCUUUCUUGGAUUCCCUUAAAUUACCCAUCUUUCAAAACCUACACUAGCACCCUAGAUACCAUUAGAUUCCAUUAAGCCACCAACACAACAGCGUUACCAGAAAGUAGUAUAUAGGGAAAAGGAAAACAGCGAUGGAGGAGAGGCAUGUUUUGUUUGGGAAAUACGAGAUGGGGAGGCUGUUAGGGAAAGGGACUUUCGCCAAAGUCUACUACGGGAAAGAAUUAGCCACCGGUGAAAGCGUGGCGGUGAAAGUCAUCAGCAAAGAUCAGGUGAAGAAGAAAGGGAUGAUGGAGCAAAUCAAGAGAGAAAUCUCAGUGAUGCGCCUUGUUCGACAUCCCAACAUAGUGGAGCUCAAAGAAGUAAUGGCGACCAAGAAAAAGAUCUUCUUUGUCAUGGAACAUGUCCGUGGGGGUGAGCUCUUUGCCAAAGUUUACAAAGGCAAGCUCAAAGAACACGUCGCUCGUAAGUACUUUCAACAGCUGAUCAGCGCCGUUGAUUUCUGCCACAGCAGAGGUGUUUCCCACCGUGAUUUGAAGCCUGAGAAUCUCCUGUUGGACGAAAAUGAAGAUCUAAAGAUCUCUGAUUUUGGGUUGUCGGCUUUGCCUGAGCAGCUUCUCAAUGAUGGUCUCCUUCACACUCAGUGUGGGACACCAGCUUACGUUGCUCCCGAGGUUUUGAGGAAAAAAGGGUACGAUGGAUCCAGAGCUGAUAUUUGGUCUUGUGGGGUUGUUUUAUAUGUUCUUCUCGCAGGUUUCUUGCCUUUUCAAGAUGAGAAUAUGAUGAAGAUGUAUAGGAAAGUUUUCAAAGCCGAAUUCGAGUUCCCCACCUGGUUUUCGACGGAAUCGAAGCGUUUGAUCUCGAAACUACUUGUGGCAGAUCCUGAAAAAAGGAUCACAAUCCCAGCUAUAAUGCGUGAUCCUUGGUUCAGAAAAGAAUUCACACGUCCCCUUGCGUUUUCGAUCCAAGAACCGAUAGACGAUGAUGAAUCCGCACCCUCUAAGAGUACUAAACCAUCGUCUCCCAAAUUCUUCAACGCGUUCGAGUUCAUUUCCUCUAUGUCGUCGGGGUUCGAUCUGUCGGGCAUGUUCGAGGACAAGAGAAAAUCGGGGACGAUGUUUACGUCAAGAUGUUCAGCCAGUGCUAUAAUGUCUAAAGUCGAAGCUGUUGCGAAGGGGUUCAACUUCAGGGUGGGGAAAGCCAAGGACUUCAAGAUGAGAUUACAAGGGUCAUCGGAAGGGAGGAAAGGGCGGUUGUUGGUGACCGCUGAGGUGUUCGAGGUGGCACCGGAGGUAGCCGUGGUCGAAUUCUCCAAGUCAGCAGGGGAUACCUUGGAGUAUGCUAAGUUUUGCGAGGAAGAUGUUAGGCCUGCAUUGAAAGACAUUGUUUGGACAUGGCAAGGUGACAGUUUCAAUGAGGCAGAAGAACGUGAAAAACAAGUACAACAAGACACAGCCGAGCCUAACACAUUGAAGAAAUAGGGAAAAUUUUCUUUGUUUACCCUUUUUUUUGUGUGUGUUCUGUUUUGGUGGAGGAUGAGAAUCUGUAAAUACGUAUUCUGUGAUUAGUACAAUAAUGCAUAAUAUGGAUUUGGAUAUUGCGUACACAUAAUAAGCAAGUAUUUAGUGGCAAUGGAGUUUCUGAUGAGAAAUUAAUUCCUUUCAA